AUGUCGGGUUCGAAUGAAGCACCCGUUUAUACCCUCGCAGAGGGCAAGCCCGUCGAGGACCCAACCUCAUCCGUCGUCCUUCAUGGACCAAAGGUUCGAGGCGGUGGUCUCGCUUUGUUGGCAGACACGCAAUUGAUCGAGACGCUUGCCCACUUUCCUCGAGAGCGCAUUCCUGAACGUGUUGUUCACGCCAAAGCUGCCGGAGCAUGGGGCUACUUCGAGUGUACUCAUGAUAUCACAGACUGGUGUUCAGCAGCACCUUUCCGUCGCAUCGGCAAGCAAACCCAAGUCCUUGCUCGUCUGUCCACCGUAGCUGGCGAAAAGGGAUCUUCCGAUACCCUCCGUGACAUCAGAGGUUUCGCCCUUAAGAUGAAGACAGAGGAAGGAAACUGGGAUUUUGUCGGGAACGACUUGCCCGUUUUCUUCAUUCGUGAUCCAGCUAAGUUCCCUUCGCUCAACAGAUCUCAUAAACGUCACCCGCAGACUGCCGUCGCUGAUGCGAGUAUGUUUUGGGACUUUCACAACAACAACCAAGAAGGCGCUCACUGUCUGAUGCAACUGUUCGGACCUCGAGGUGUGCCGGAGUCUCUCAAGAAUGUGAAUGGUUUUGGAAACCACACGUUCAAGUUUGGUAAGCCCGAAGAUGGAUCUUUCAAAUAUGUCAAGAUCCACUUCAAGCCUGAUGCCGGCAUCAAGAAUCUCUCUCAAGAGGAUGCCGUGCGUCUUGCAGGCGAAGAGCCGGACUAUCAUGUCAAGGAUAUGUACAACUCUAUUGAGAGAGGCGACUAUCCUUCAUGGACUAUGUAUCUUCAGGUCAUGGAUCCCAAAGAGGCUGAAACUUACAAGUGGAACAUCUUCGACAUCACCAAGAUCUGGCCUCACAAGGACUAUCCUCUUAUUCCUGUUGGAAAGCUUGUGUUGAACAAGAACCCAGAGAACCACUUCCAUGAUAUCGAACAGGCUGCUUUCUCGCCUUCAACUUUGAUCCCUGGUAUUGCACCCUCGGCUGAUAUCAUGCUGCAUGCGAGAAUGUUCAGUUAUCCCGAUGCUGCACGCUAUCGCGUUGGGCCCAAUUAUCAGCAACUUCCAUGCAAUCGACCUCUGGACGCAUACUCACCGUAUCAGAGAGAUGGACCGAUGCGCCUUGACGGCAACUACGGCUCUGAUCCCGAUUAUGUUCGCUCCUCAUUCCGCAAGGUCAAAAGUGGCCCCGCAGAUGUCGCACACAGCGAAUGGGUUGGCAGAGUCCAAGCUUAUUCCUCCGACGUCGAAGAAGAAGAUUGGGAACAGCCGCGUAAUCUAUGGAAGAUCUUCAAGGAUAACGGCGAAGAUGAAGUCUUUUUGAACAACCUGUCUGGACACGUCAACAAGGCACUUCCAGAGGUUCAGGAGGCAACAGUUGGAAUGUGGGCAAAUGUUGAUGAAGAGAUUUCGAAGAGACUCGGGGAGAAAUUGAAGAAGUUGACUGGGAACUUUGACCAUUCCAAGGCACCGCCCAGUCAGACUGUGCUGGCAUCGAGGCGCAAGUGA